AAGGAAAUAAAAUGAUCUAGCGUAGGAACGAAACAACUAACAAGGAAAUAAAAUAUCCAUCCGUAUGGAAAUAAGAUAUUCGAGAUGCAUCUUGCCAUCUCAAGCAACAUAGUCGGUUAACUGCACGUUUGGUCUGGUAGCUCUCAUGCUUCUGCGUGGCAUUGCGGUAGCAUUCGUAUCAACGGAUGAUGGCAUAAAUGAGUGGAAGAGAAGAGGUUUUUUGCCGAGCAAGUUGGUCUUGGGGUUGCCUUACCAUGGCUAUGCGUGGACACUUUUGAGCCCCCAAAAGAAUCCAAUGGGUGCAGCCUCUACGGGUCCGGCGGUCACAAAGGACGGUGCCGUGAGCUAUAAGUGGUUCAAAUGGUUCAUUAGAAACAAUGCUCAGGAAGCAGUUUGCGGGUAUAAUGCUACUUCAGUGGUGAAUUACUGCACGUUCGGGUUAACUUGGAUUAAUUACGACGAUGUGGAGGCUAUUAGAGCUAAAGUUUCGUAUGUAAAGCAAAAGGGUCUGCUUGGUUACAACGUGUUUCAAGUCGGCCAUGACGACAAUUGGGUGCUUUCUAGAGCAGCAGCAGAAGAGCUUGAUGAUGAAAAUCAGAACCAAAAGGGGAGAUUGUUAGUGAUUGUUUUGGUUUCGAGUAGUGCUACGAUUGUUCUCCUCCUAGGCUCAGUGUGGGUGAUGUGUUAUUUGAGGAAGAGAAAGGUCAAAUCUACAGGUACAGGGACUGCAUUGAAGGCAAGGAAAGGACAAGAAGCCAAAGUAAAUGGUAUAGCAACUUCUGGAAACUUAAACACCAAUGUUCCGAAUCUUGUAGUCUAUAGUUAUGCUCAUAUCGAGAUGGCUACAAAUAAAUUUUCAUUUGAAAAUAAGCUAGGAGAGGGUGGAUAUGGUCCUGUUUACAAGGGUAUACUAGCAAACAAACAGGAAAUAACAGUGAAAAAACUUUCAAAAGCUUCAACACAGGGGUUUGAGGAGUUCAAGAAUGAGGUCACACUAACAGCAAAACUGCAACAUGUUAAUCUUGUGAGAGUUUUGGGAUUUUGCAUCGAAAGGGAUGAACAAAUGCUGAUCUACGAGUACAUGCCAAACAAAAGCUUGGACUUCUACCUCUUUGACAGUGUCAGGCGAUUUCUUUUGGAUUGGAAAAAGCGUGUUCAUAUAAUCGAAGGGAUUACUCAAGGACUUCUAUAUCUUCAAGAAUACUCAAGAUUGACUAUAAUUCAUCGAGACCUGAAAGCUAGCAACAUAUUACUUGACAAUGAAAUGAAGCCUAAGAUCUCAGAUUUUGGUAUGGCAAAGAUUUUUAGUAAAGAUGAACAUGAAGCAAACACCGGCCGAAUUGUGGGAACAUAUGGUUAUGUUUCGCCGGAAUAUGUUAAAAAAUGUUUAUACUCUACUAAAUCCGAUGUUUAUAGCUUUGGAGUUCUAAUCCUACAAAUCAUAAGUGGGAAGAAGAAUGCCUGCUUUUAUGGUCUAAAUGAAAAUUUGAUCCUCCUCGAAUAUGCAUAUGACUUGUGGAAGUCGGGAAAAGGCAUGGAGUUUAUGGAUCCAUCUCUAGAUGAUACAAUUUCAUCGUGUAAACUAAUCAGAUGUCUUCAAAUAGGUCUUUUAUGCGUUCAGGAAAAUGCAGCUGAUAGGCCAUCCAUUUUGGAGGUUUUUUCAAUGCUAAAAAGUGAGAGUGCUGCUCUUACAAUCCCCAAAAUUCCUGCUUUUUCUACAAAAAGAAAAGAAGAUGAGGGAACUAAAUCUCAAUUUCAGUUACAAAAUUGUUCUAUCAAUGAUACAACACUCUCCCAAAUGGUAGCCCGAUAACUAAGCAAGGAUCCAUUUCUCUUCUGAAAUAUAGUUUUAUAAUUGGAGAGAAAUUUCUGCAUAUUCUUAAGAGAGAGAGAUAUACAUUAAACUAUAUGUACGUACUUCUUUCAU